AUGAUUGUGGCUCUUGUUUUUUGCUUGGUCGGCAUUGCAGUUGCACAACAACCAAUUCCAUGUACUACUCCACCACAAUGGGAAUCACGUAUUUUUGACAUUAACGAACAAGAAAAAUUUUCAUUGGGAGGCAGAUUAAGUUAUGAUGCUACUUAUCAUCGUGAACGUAUUAUUGACGAAAUCGAUGAAGGCAGUCAAGAAGAAAGUUUUGACACAAUUGCCCUUUAUGAUUCGAAAAUUGAAUUUAUUUAUAAUUUUAAAGCUCAUAAUUGUACACGUCGGGAAUUAACUCGACCAUGGCGUGAUUUUGGUAUUCGUCCAACUGAUCGCUCAUUUGGUGAAGCUUACAUUGGCUCAUCGAUUUUUCCUGAUACAGGUGUAUUAGUUACAAUCUGGGCUGGUAAUUUCACAUUACCAUCAAAUGAUACAAUUGAUUAUAUUUCCACAUGGACCUAUCGAGGAUGUCUUCCAGUUUCUCGAACAAGUUUCAGUCCAAAAUUUGGCACUUCGCAUUUAUCAUUUUAUGAUAUAACAGUUGGUAUUAGUGAUCCAAAUGUAUUUAUUCCACGACGAGAAUGUCUUUCAAGUGAAGAAUGGAACAUGCGACACACCCUUUUCGGCACACCUACCAAGAAACACUGA